UUGGCCUUGGUGAUGAUCAUUUCCGGUGCUGCCGGCCUUGGGCCUACGAACGAAGAUGGCCGCCCCUGAGUCAGAAGAGGUUCCGUCUAUCUCGAAGUUUUUAAUGGACUGUUCGCCGAAGGACAUCGCCUUGAACUGGCUUCAAGCAACAGAUUUGACUAAGGAUGUGUACCAUCAUCUUGCCUAUUUCGUACCAAAGAUUUAUUGCAGAGACUCGAACCCUAAUCCACUGAAUGAAGAAGUGUUAGCUCAGCAUAUUCUUUUGGGACCAAUGGAAUGGUACCUGUGUGGAGAGGAUCCAGCUGUGGGAAUGAUUAAACUUGAAAAGGCAAAUAAGUCAUCACAGCUUUGUGGACGUGUUUUCAAAAUUGGGGAGCCUACCUAUUCUUGCAGGGACUGUGCAGUAGAUCCAACCUGUGUGCUGUGCAUGGAAUGCUUCUUGAACAGCGUGCAUAGAGAACAUAGAUAUAGGAUGACAACAUCAGGUGGAGGUGGUUUCUGUGACUGCGGAGACACUGAGGCUUGGAAACAAGGUCCAUAUUGUCGAAACCAUGAACCGUCUAGCUCUGAGGCACUGGAGGAGGAUCCUCUGGCACAUUUAUCUGAGGACAUGAUUGGACGUGCCUAUAAUAUUUUUGCAAUUGUAUUCAAGUAUGCGGUAGAUAUGCUAACAUGGGUAGAGGAAGAUAGUCUACCUUCUGGAUUAGAACCCCUGGAAAAGGAAGAUACUUAUUAUUGCAUGCUGUUUAAUGAUGAAGUCCAUACUUACGAGCAAGUGAUUUACACCCUGCAGAAGGCUGUGAACUGUACACAGAAGGAAGCUGUCAGUUUUGCCACCACUGUGGAUAGAGAUGGUCGUAGAUCGGUUCGAUAUGGUGAUUUCCAAUAUUGUGAGCAAGCUAAAACAGUAAUAGUGAGGAAUACGAGUCGACAAACCAAGCCACUAAAGGUGCAAGUAAUGCAUUCAUCUGUUGUUGCACAUCAGGCAUUUGCCAUAAAGUUAUUGCUUUGGCUGAGCCAGGUGAUUGGCUACUCAGGUGGAUUAAGGCGAAUAUUGUGCCAAGUAGGACUACAGCAAAGACCAGACGAUGAUCACUCUUCUCUCAUUGAUAAAUUGAUGCUGUGUGACUCAAAACUAUGGAAAGGAGCACGAAAUAUUUAUCACCAGUUAUUUAUGAGCAGUCUUCUGAUGGAUCUGAAGUACAAGAAGCUAUUUGCAGUUCGAUUUGCAAAAAAUUACCAACAGUUGCAGAGAGAUUUUAUGGAAGAUGAUCAUGAGCGGGUAAUGUCAGUGACCGCUCUGUCUGUCCAGCUCUUCACUGUCCCAACAUUGAACUAUGAGAGGUUGCAGACUGACUAUGUGAAUGAUGACCACGAGAGAGAGUUCUCGGUUACCGAUCUUUCAGUGCAAAUUUUCACAGUGCCUUCUUUGGCUCGCAUGCUGAUAACAGAAGAAAACCUUAUGACAACCAUAAUUCAAACCUUCAUGGACCACUUGAUGAGACAGCGAGAUUCUCAUGGUAGAUUUCAGUUUGAAAGAUAUACAACCAUGCAAGCCUUCAAAUUCAAGAGGGUGCAAAGCCUGAUUGGUGAUUUGAAGUAUGUACUGGUUAGCAAACCAACAGAGUGGACAGACAAACUAAGAGAAAAAUUUCUGGAAGGCUUUGAGGUCUUUUUGCAGCUUUUAAAAAGCAUGCAGGGAAUGGAUCCAGUAACAAGGCAAGUUGGUCAACACAUAGAGAUGGAACCCGAGUGGGAGGCAGCAUUUACAUUACAGAUGAAGCUCACACACAUUAUUUCUAUGAUUCAGGAUUGGUGCGCCUCAGAUGAAAGGGUCCUUAUUGAAGCAUACAGGAAGUGUUUGAUUGUUUUAUUGCAGUGUCAGAAUGGGCCUUGUGAUGGUGAACAGCCUAUCACAUUGAAUAUGUGUGGGCAUUCUGUGGAUACGAUACAGUAUCGUGUAUCUCAACAUCAAGUCAGCAUCCAUUUACCAGUUUCACGUUUGUUUUCAGGUUUGCACGUGCUGUUAAGCAAAACAGAAGUAGCAUACAGGUUUCCAGAAUUGUUGCCUCUGAGUGAGUUGAGCCCACCAAUAUUGAUAGAACAUCCACUUCACUGUAUGGUGCUUUGUGCGCAAGUUCAUGCUGGAAUGUGGAGGAGAAAUGGAUUUUCCUUAGUCAAUCAGAUCUACUAUUAUCACAAUGUAAAAUGCAGAGUUGAAAUGUAUGAUAAAGAUUUAAUAAUGCUCCAGGCAGGAGCAUCCAUGAUGGAUCCCAAUCAUUUUCUAAUGAUCAUGCUUUGUCGAUUUGAGCUCUUCCACAUAUUUAGUAAUCCUGACUAUGGAAAAAGAUUUAGCUCUGAACACACCAACAAGGAUAUCUUGCAGCAAAACAACAUUCUAAUAGAGGAAAUGCUUCACCUGAUCAUGAUGGUAGUUGGAGAGCGAUAUACUGCAGGAGUUGGCCAAGUGUCACCUGACGAUGAAAUCAAACGUGAAAUUAUACAUCAACUAUGUAUAAGACCAAUGUCACAUAGUGAGCUAGUCAAAGCUCUGCCUGAAGAUGAGAACAGAGAAACUGGAAUGGAAAAAGUUAUUGAAACUGUAGCUUAUUUCAAGAAGCCAGGUUUAACAGGAAGAGGCCUUUAUGAGCUAAAACGUGAAUGCGCCAAGGAAUUUAAUGUUUUCUUUUACCAUUAUUCAAGGGCUGAUCAAUCUAAGGCUGAAGAAGCUCAGAGAAAGUUAAAGAAGCUGAAUGGAGAAGACACAGCUCUUCCACCUCCUGUAUUUCCACAUUUCUGCCCUCUGUUUGCCAGUCUGGUAAAUAUCCUUCAAUCAGAUGUGUACUUACACAUUCUGAGAACAGUGUUGCAGUGGGUUGUGGAGCCAAAUGGACAUGCUUGGACUGAGAGCAUGUUACAGAGGGUUUUGCAUCUAAUUGGAAUGGCUUUACUUGAAGAGAAACAACAAUUAGAAAGUGCGAGUGAAGACAGCGAUUUUAGUUUUAACUUCACUUCAAAAGUCUCACGUCCUGGGGAGGCUCCAGAAAACUCACCUAGUAUUUUGGCAAUGCUGGAAACAUUGCAAAAUGCUCCCCAUUUAGAGGUUUAUAAGGACAUGAUCAAGUGGGUGCUUAAGCUUUUUGGAGUUAUUCAAAAGAUGAGAGAACGGAGCAACUCAAACCCUGUCGUCGAGAUGGAAGGGCACAGUGUGGAGGAGUGUUUACGAGAUAAAGACAAAGCAGAUCGAAAGCGGAAAGCUGAAAUUGCUCGUCUGCGUAGAGAGAAGAUAAUGGCCCAGAUGUCAGAAAUGCAGAGGCAUUUUAUAAAUGAAAAUAGGGAAUUAUUUCAACAGACCCUAGAAGAACUAGAGGCUUCGUCUUCUACUACACCUGACAAUAGCCCAAUAGUUCCUGACGCUGCAUUGAUUGCUUUGGGUCCCAGACAAACAAAGGUUUUUGAAAAGAAGCAAAUUGUGACAUGCAUCUUGUGUCAGGAGGAACAAGAGAUCAAAGUUAAUAACAAAGCAAUGGUUUUGGCAUCAUUUGUUCAAAGGUCAACUGUCUUAUCAAAGAACAGGACAAGAACCAUUCAGGAUCCAGAAAACUAUGACCCAUUGAUCAUGCAGCCAGAUUUGACCUGUGGCACCCAUAUAGGUAGCUGUGGACACAUCAUGCAUGCCCACUGCUGGCAGAGUUAUUUUGAUGCAGUUCAAGCAAAAGAACAGCGUAGACAACAGAGAUUAAGGGUGCACACUAGCUAUGAUGUGGAGAAUGGAGAGUUUCUUUGUCCUCUCUGUGAAUGUUUGAGCAAUACAGUAAUCCCUUUGCUUCCUUCAUCUUGGAACCCACAGAACAGUAACAAUUCAAAAAGCUUUUCGGGAAUUCCUGUUUUAUCUCAAUGGCUGAAGUGUACUUUGCAACAUUUGAAUGUAUUGAGAAAAAUCCAGGAUAAGCAGCCAGUAUCUGCAGAUAACCCCUCCAGUGCCAGUCUAGAAGGAAUUGAAGCCCCUGAGGGAUUUAGACCUGACAUAAAGCCAAAGAAUCCUUAUUCAGAUAGCAUCAAGGAGAUGCUGACAACCUUGGCUACAGCAGCAUACAAAGUGGGACUGAAGGUUCAUCCUAAUGAUCAGGACCCACGCGUCCCUAUAAUGUGCUGGGGAAGCUGUGCAUACACAAUUCAAGCAACAGAGCGUUUCCUGGCAGAUGAAGAAAAGCCACUGUUUGGUCAUCUACCAUGUAGACAGGAUGACUGUCUGAAGGCAUUAACCCGAUUUGCUGCAUCACACUGGACUGUGAGUUUUCUGUCUGUGGUUCAGCAACACUAUGCCCGACUGUUAGCAGUUCUGAUACCCGAUGAUGAUGAUAAGACGCAGGUUCCUCCUUCUAUUCUUGAUGUUGAUAUGUUCCAUUUGUUGGUGACCUUGGUGCUUUCAUUCCCAACUGUGCACUGUCAUGAUUUCACAGGAGUCAGCUUAGCUGUUGGUGUUCUUCAUCUUUUUCAUUUAGUUACCAUGGCACAUAUUGUACAGAUUCUACUUACAUCUUCAACAGAGGAAAAUAAUAUGGACCAAGAAAGUACUGAUGGGGAAGAAGAAGCUGCUGCCUUUACUUUGUAUGACAAACUCAGGCAAUACUCAGGAAGUGCCUUGAAUUUCUUGGCCUCGGGUUGGCACCUUUGGCAAUAUAUCAAGACUGGAAUUAUGCCCUAUCUACGAUGUUCUGCUUUGUUCUUUCACUAUCUUAAUGGUGUCCCAGUACCAGUUGAAUUGCAAGAGAAUGGACCACAGCACUUUGAACUACUAUGUCGUUAUCUUUCUCUGCCAAUAAACCUAAUGAGUCUUUUCCAGACAAACAGUGAUACAAUUGAGCCAUUGAUGCAAAGGUGGUGUGGAGCUGCAGAAGUGCAGAGUUUUGUGAAAGGGGAGAGAACAGCUGUUAGUUAUCCUAGAGAGUCAAAUAAAUUGAUAGACCUUCCUGAUGAUUACAGCUGUCUUAUAAACCAGGCAUCCUGUUUUAUAUGUCCAAAAUCUGGUGGCGAUAAAAGUCGUGCACCAACUCUUUGCUUGGUGUGUGGAGGAAUGCUUUGUUCUCAGAGCUAUUGCUGUCAGACAGAGCUAGAAGGUGAAGAUGUUGGUGCUUGCACUGCUCAUACCUAUACUUGCGGUUGUGGAGUUGGAAUUUUUUUGCGAGUUCGAGAAAGUCAGGUCCUCUUUCUAGCUGGAAAAACAAAAGGAUGCUUUUAUCCACCACCCUACCUUGAUGAUUAUGGAGAGACAGAUCAAGGACUUAGGCGAGGAAACCCCCUUCAUCUGUGCAAAGAACGAUACAGAAAACUACAAAAACUAUGGCAACAGCAUAGUAUUACAGAAGAAAUUGGUCGUGCACAAGAAGCGAAUCAAACACUAGUUGGCAUUGACUGGCAGCACUUGUGAUUUGUUUUCAAUAGAACUAGACAUUCGGCACAUCUGAAGCAAAAAAAAACUUUCAAGGGAAGUCGGAGGAUCAGGUUAGAUGAAAUACACCUCAGGCUACCCAUUUUUGGAAUACUUGCUCCUGAAUUACAGUAACUUCAAAUGUUGCAUAAUUUUUCACCUGUCAUUAAGAAAAUGUGGAUCGCAUGUGAAGUGCAUUAUUUUAGAUGUCAUUUGCUUUAUUUGCACUUAAAGUCUCCUUGACAGUGAAGCAUUUUGGGUAAUAAAGCCCACAUUUUCAAAAGAGCUGAAUUUUUUUUUUUGAAUCCAAAUUAUUUAUCAGGUUUUGGACUAAUACAAUAUUGACAUCCAAAGUGUGUUUCUGUGCUCUAUAUAGUCAGUGGUGUUUAAUGAACAAUGUCAGGUCAAGUGAGAAAUAGGUUGCUGGACUUCAAAUGGAACCUUUUAUUUUAGUUCUUUCUUCCCCUCUUUAUUAUGUUUUCUUUAGUAGGAUAAAUCAAUUUGCACCAAUUUGUUAAAAUGCAUUUUAAGGUGUGCAUCUGCUUUCAGUCAACUUAUCUAAAACUGAGCAUAUGUAAAUGUUCCCUCCAUUGGAAAAAAGUUAGUUUCACUUCAGGAUAAGAAUCUUACUAUUUAAUAGUUUAUGGAAAAUGUUCUAAAUGCAUUUGAAGGAUCUAUAGAGCUAUUUUAUAACUUGCAUUUUAUAAUUAUUUUAAAAAUAGCCUCAUUAUUGAAGAGGUCACUGAAAUCAGGGUAGUUGAUAGAAAAUUUUAGUGACAAUUAAUCAUCUUAAAAUAUAAUUAUUAGGAAUGAUGGUAGGUGAAGAGAAAAUGGUUCCAUUUUUAAUUUUUUCUAACUUUGUGUAUGUAAAGCAUUCCAUUAAUAAGUAUUUGCUUAUGAGGAAUGGUUGAAGUCUGGUUUACCAGUUAGAGACAACUAGCAACAACUACCAUGUAAGACUCUAAUUCCUUUGUUCUUUUGUUGGAGUAGAUAAUGAAUUAUUUCAGGUAUUGCUUUCUAGAAAACUAUCAGAAUGAAAUAAACUGAAAAUGGGUCAUAUAAGUGGUAUUUUCCUGGGAGGGGAGGGGUGUUGUUGGAAAGUGGCAGAACAUUCAGCAUACCUUUAAGCAUUUUAUCCCAUCGGUAUCACCAGUACAAGAUUUUAUCAUCUGUUAUGAUAGUUUAGUAAAAUGAGGAAAUGGAUUGUGUUAUACCUUUUUAAAAUACUCAUUCAAGCAGACUAUGGCAGACUGUGCGUGUGUUUAAAAAUUUAACUAAUUUGCACUUCUAUGCCUUUGUAUACUAGGAUAAAUGAUUUAGCAUGCAAAUAUGCCAUGUGCCAUUUUAAUCUAACUUCAUAAUUGUAAAGUUAAAUGGUUAAAAGGUAAGCCAUUAUCAAACAGAGGAAGACCUUUAAUUUUCAUAACUACAUCUUAAGUGUUUAUCAGUACUUAAGGUAAUGAGGAACUUGACAUAUUUGUCUAACCCAGAAUGAUAUUUCAUAGUUUUACUGAAUUAAGUGAUAUUCCUGGGAUGUAGUAGAAUGGGAAGGAGGAAAAAUUAGUACUGCCUUUUAAUAGGUAAUGCCUGAUGACCAUGUUUCAGCACAAAAUAUGUGAUUACUCUUCAACAACACUGCUUAGAACCAUCCUAAAAUAAAGAAGACUCAAAUCCAU